AUGUCGGAUGACAGAUGUGCGCUUUCAUUAAUACUUCAUCGCAAUUAUGAUAACCACCAAGCGUUGCUGACCGUAGCCAAGCCUAAGGUGAUCUGCUAUUGGCCCAACUGGCGGGUGGACUCGGGCGGUGACGACCGACACGUGCCCGAAAACAUUGACCCAACCCUUUGUACGCACAUUCACCACGCGUUUCACGUGUACGACCAGCAGCACAACGUCGUGCGCGACAGCGCCGGCCCUCAGCCCGACCUCUACCGUCGACUCCAUGCGUUGAAAAGCAAGAAUCCAGACGUGAAAAUCAUUGUGUCGAUGGGAGGGUGGGGUCAGCCCGACGCCCAGUACUCGCAUUUGGUGGCCGACGAGGGCCUGAGACUGGGGUUCAUCAAAAACACGAUCGCCUAUUUGCAUAAAUACCAAUUCGAUGGCCUGGAUAUCGAUUGGGAGUUUCCCGUGUGCUGGGCUGCCGACUGCAAUAAGGGCCCCAAAGCCGACAAGCCCAACUUUGCCACUUUGCUCAGGGAAUUAAGGAAAGCGUUUGAUAAGGAAAACCCCAGACUCUCGUUGUCGGCAGCGCUCGGCUCCACAGAGGAUAUCGCACAACAGGCCUAUGAUUUCAAUGCACUCGCGCAAACCCUGGACUACGCCAGCAUCAUGACGUACGACUGGGCCGGGCCGUGGGAGGGCAAAACUGACCAUCACUCUAAGUACCAGCAAUGUAUCAACAUGGCCAAUUGGUUUGCCAGCAAAGGCCUGCCCAAAGACAAGAUCUGUAUGGGAGUGCCAUUCUAUGGCCAUACGUUUAAUUUGAAAAAUGCGGGCCAACACUGGAUGGGCGCUCCCAUUACCGGCUCAGGUAAGACACCGCACGGCGAGGGCGACAACGCCUGGUAUCGGGAAAUGUGUGAUUUGGUUAAGAAUAAGGGUUGGACUAAGGAAGACCCGGAUCAGGGACACGACCCAAUCUCAUACCACGGCACCACUUGGGUCGGCUAUGACGACCCAUACCAAGCCUACGACAAAAGUAAAUGGGUAAAAGACAAUGGCUUUGGUGGUAUAAUCGUAUGGGAAAUUACACAGGAUGAUUUCCAUCCCAAGUGCUGCUCAGUUGCCUAUCCUAUGCUGCGGGCAAUUAACCAUGGUUUAUAUGGCACCGGACAGGGACCCGAGACUUAUGGCUGCGAACAUAAAUAA